UCUUGAUUGGAAAACCUAAAUCAAAUAUUAUUUUCUUCGAAUAUGAUUUUAAAUUUAAUUUUUAAUUAGUUCUUUCUUUAGUCUAUACUGUGAUCUUAAAAGAAUAGAGCAUUUUAAGAAUUUACAAUUGAAACCAGCAUUAGUGAAUGUGAAGAUGGGAAUAUGAAAUAGAGAAUCAUAAUAUGGACUUAUCCUAAUUUUUAAUCCUACAUCUCGUACCACCAUACUAUGGUACACCCUCAUUGUACACAAUCAAGAUUCAAAGACCCUUUAACCCUCGCCCUCUGUAAAUCACUCAUGAUGAUUUAUGACCCUGUAUAACUGAUCAUUGAUUGGUAUAAAUUGUAAACUGUCUCUCAUCAACCCUUAAUUUUGUGAUCACUUGAUCAUCCUAAUCGUACGACUCUCAUCACACACGCUCAGUACACCUUUGUCCCACACAAUCAAGAACCUUUUCCUUUCUUCCAUGAUAAACUUCAAAACAACCGCCAAAACCCAGAAAACCCAUAAAUCUUUCACAAAACCCACAAAACCCACCAAUCUUUUCCUGUAAAACCCACAAAUUCUUCCACUUCUAAAACCUUCAAUUCAUCAACAAUGGCGUCCAUUACCCACAUUUUAUCUCUCCUCCAUUUAAUCCUCCAUAUUUCCAUUACUCUUACAACUUCAACUCCCAUUAUCGGAGUCACAAUCAAUCACCACCCACCUUCCAUUACACCCGAACAAAUCGCAUCCACCAUCACCCGUUUCAAAAUCCCUGCUAUCCGUUUACCAAAUCCAGACCCGCUUCUUAUCCGGGCAUUCUCAUACUCCUCCAUUUCCCUUCAUCUCACCAUUCCAAACUCCUUAAUCUCUUCUUUUUCCUCUAACCAAUCGCAUGCCGUUUCAUGGCUGUAUUCCCAUGUUAUCCCUUUCUACCCACGGGCUAACAUCACAUCCAUUUCUGUUGGGUCGGAUAUUCUCUCCUCCAUGGAAGAUCUCUCAAAUGAUAUUCUCCCUGCAAUCAAAAACCUCCAUUCCGCACUCAUUGAAGUGGGUAUCAAGAAAAUCCAAGUUUCUACAACUUUCUCGAUUGUUCCUCUUUUAACCUCUGCUUUUCCUCCUUCUUCAGCCGAAUUCGCCGAACCCAUUAAUGAUGUUAUAAUUAAACCAUUGUUAGACUUCUUAAAUGAAGCUAAUUCAUCGCUUUUUGUUAAUGUUUACCCUUAUAAUCUUUUCCGUUUAACCAAUGAUCUUCCACUGGGGUAUGCUCUGUUUCAGGAAGGAAAUUUCAAUUUUCGAGAUGAUCCUAACACCGGUCUUCGAUAUCGAAACCUUUUCAAUGUCAUGAUCGAUGCAGUUUUGUCAGCAAUGGUGGUUUCUGGGCAUGAAAAUAUCCCCAUUAUUGUGACUGAAACAGGAUGGCCACAUUCUCCAGGAGAUGAAUUUGGAGAAGAAAAUGAUGCUAAUGAGGUGUUUGCUGAAAUGUACCUGAAAGGAUUGAUUGAUCAUUUAAAAUCUGGGAUCGGUACUCCUUUAAAGAAAGAUAGUAUUUCAGAAAUUUACAUCUUUGAAUUGUUUGAUAAGGAAGUUAAUGGAAGUUUGUCAACUAGACAAUGGGGGAUUCUUUACCCUAAUGCUACUAUGAAGUAUAAGAUUGAUUUCAAUGGAGGUUCAAGAAUUGGUAUUUGCAAAGGUUUGUUGUUGUUUCUUGCAAUUUGGUUUAUGAUGAUUGCUUUUGGGUAAGCAGAAAUUUUCUGGGGUUUUUUCUGUUAGCUCAGAUCAGUGCAAAAAAUUAGAUUUCGGUAACAAACGCGUUCAUAUUGUAGAGAAUUAGAUGGUGUCGUAGAGGAAUUAAGUAGUAGUGUGUGAUUGUUGAUAUGAGUUUGAUUGUAUUUGGGUAUGUAAUUUUUGAUGAUCAUGGAUCAUUUUUUUCAUAGUCAUUGAUAUGUACAAGUUUCAUACCUAGUGAAAUCACAAAGGAAUAAAAUUUUUGAUCUCUCUUUUUGUUUUGGAA